AUGGCUUCCUCCCCCUCGGUUGCUCGCGUCCUGCUCGUCCUCGCGGCAGCAGCUCUGGCCGUGAGCUCGGUGUCCGCCGCGGCAGGUGCUGGUGGCUCGCCGCCGCUGGCCAAGGGCCUGUCGUUCGAGUUCUACCGCGCCAGGUGCCCGCAGGCGGAGGCCAUCGUCUUCGCCUUCCUCAAGGACGCCAUCCGCAAGGACGUCGGCCUCGCCGCUGCGCUCCUCCGCAUCCACUUCCACGACUGCUUCGUGCAGGGCUGCGACGGCUCCGUGCUCCUCAACAAGACCAACGGCGUCGACAGCGAGAAGGUGUCUCCCCCCAACGUCACGCUGCGUCCGUCGGCGUUCAAGGCCAUCAACGCCAUCCGCGCGCUCCUCCAGAGGGCGUGCGGCGGGCCCGUCGUCUCCUGCGCCGACAUCGCGGCCCUCGCCGCCCGCGACUCCGUCCAGCUGGCCGGCGGGCCGAGAUACGCCGUCCCGCUAGGCCGCCGCGACGGGCUCGCCCCCGCGUCCCUGGACACCAUCCUGGGCGCGCUCCCGCCGCCGACCUCCAAGGUGCCCGUGCUCCUCAGCUUCCUCGCCAAGAUCGGCCUCAACGCCGACGACCUGGUGGCGCUCUCCGGCGCGCACACGCUCGGGAUCGCGCACUGCGGCUCCUUCGAGGAGCGGCUGUUCCCCAAGGACGACCCCACCAUGGACAAGUUUUUCGCCGGCCACCUCAAGCUCACCUGCCCGCGGCUCAAGGUGGACAACUUCACCGCCAACGACAUCCGCACGCCUGACGUGUUCGACAACAAGUUCUACGUCGACCUGCUCAACCGGCAGGGUCUCUUCACCUCCGACCAGGACCUGCACACCGACGCCAAGACCAAGCCCAUGGUCACCAGGUUCGCCGUCGACCAGGCCGCCUUCUUCGACCAGUUCGUCAAGUCCAUGGUGAAAAUGGGGCAGAUCAACGUGCUCACUGGCAACCAGGGUCAGAUCCGCAUGGACUGCUCCAUGCCCAACGCCGCCCGCAGUGCCGGCGACGAGCUGCCGUGGUCUGUCGUCGAGACCGCCGUGGAGAGCUUGGUGUUGUAG